CUAUUGUUAGAAAGGAAAACAACCGCGAUUACGUGUCUAUUCUCUCCACUACUACUUAUCAACUUCAUAAAGCAUUUUCGCUAAGUACCAAAGAUGCCACGCACUUAUUAUGGUCUCCCAUCUUUGAAGCUCUUUUUUGUGUAGUGGAUUCAGUUUUACAUUAUAAAAUUUGCCUCUACUCCAUUCAAGGUAUGCUCCUUGGUAAAUAUGAGCAAGGCCUGGAAAUACUGGGAAUUCGAAAUCUUUUGUGGUAUAAUACUGGAGAUUUCUUUGCGGCGUUAAACUCGAUGGACACGAUUACAGUGUUUACCUCCACUACAGUGCGUCCUGUUUUACAAAGACAGCUUCCUAGUGCUUUACCACUAGUUAUUGCAUAUCGCGUGAUUGUUUUUCAAGAAAUUGAACAGGAAGGGCAGAUGACUUUUAUUGUAGUAAGUAAAGCAGAGGCAGUUGCCUUUCCUAAAGUAGUUUGUGCUAAAAGUGCUUCAGUUAUGCUCCAAAGUGGCUGUGGAUCAUAUUUGUGUGUAAAAAGUGAAAACAUGCCGAAGUGCGUCUUUAUAUAUAAUUCUAAAACUUUAAAAAUAAAUUCUGUUGUAAUUAUGAGAAAUGUCGUCACUUCCCUUGCUUGGCACCCUAAAAAAGUAAUUUUAAGCAUCUGCACGGGAAUACAGGCCUUUGGCUUAUGGACUCCUAUUGGUUGUUUUGCUGUACAUAUUCCAGGAUUCCAAAAUGUAACAGAUUUGCUCGUCAAGAAAAUUGUUUGGUCUGCAACGGGAAAUAAUUUUAUAGUUGUUGGACACAAAACGGCCUUUAUAGGAAUCAUGACCCUAACGAAAAAUACACAUGAAGAAAAAAGGAAUUCGAUAGGAUAAACACCUUUUUGCUAAAUGAUGGGAAAAAGGUCGCUGUUAAGUUUAAACAAUUUGUUCAGACAUCGAGCCACUUGGAAGUAAACGAAAAGUUUGUGAAA